AAAUAAAAUACUACUACUACUAGCUGCGUGCCAUCAAAUCGCCAGUGUUCCAGCAGCUUAAAUAGCCUUUGUGUAGUAGGAGUAUUACGUACGUGCGCCGCCGUAGCGACAUGGAACGCCAACAACACAGCGAGGUGGACGCCGGAAUAUGCCGCCGCCGUAGCCCACGUCUCCAUCCCCAAAUCCACGGCAGUGACCAGGGCGCCGCACCGGCCACCCGACGCAGCACACGUCUCCGUCCCCAGACCCACACGAGCGACAAGGGAGCCCGACUGAUCCACCGCCGCCGCCGCCGCCGCGGCACCUUGCUGGAGAACAACGAUGAUAUGCUCUGGGAGAUCCUACUCCGCCUUCCGCCGCAGCCGUCCUCCCUCCUGCGCGCAUCCACGGUUUGCAAGUGUUGGCGACGUGUCGCCACUGACCCCCAGUUCCUCCGCUCUUUCCGCGCUCACCACCGGAAGGCACCCCUCCUCGGCUUGCUCGUGUGUGGCACCAACCACGAGAAGGAAUUCCACUCGGUCAUGGAUCCUCCCAACCGCAUCCCUCCGAAGCGCAUCACCCUUGGAUGCUACAAUAAACUACUUUGCUAUGUGCUCAGUUGCCGCCACGGUAGGGUCCUAAUUGAAGACAUCAAGAGUAAAGAGGUCGCUGUGUGCGACCCCAUCACAGGCGAGCAACAUCGUCUGUCCGUUCCACCAGAGUUGGACAUGAACAAUCUCAGCGGGGCCGUGCUAUGCGCCGCCGGCGAGCAGGGCCAUGUGCACGGCAGCUGCCACUCCAGCCCCUUCAAAGUGGUCAUGUUGUCCAUGUACAUACAUAAUAAUCGACGACCUCUGAUCCGUGUAUUCUCCUCAGAGACCGGCAAAUGGGGCAAUCUCAUCUCAAUAGAGACUCAACCUAAGACCAUGUAUGGCCCUUGCAGUUCCAAUACCCUUGUUGGUAAUAUCAUUUACUGGUUGUCCCGGUAUGCGAGAGACGUUAUAAUUGAGUUUGAUUUGGAGGGGCAGAACCUUACCCUGAUCAAGGGGCCUCGCAGGAUGAAUGAUUUUAGCAUAUUCCGGUGUCAGAUUAUCCAGAUAGAUGAUAGUAUUGUUGGUGUUGCCAUUUUAUCUUACCAUGACAUUCAAGUGUGGCGGAGGGAGGUCAAUUCUGAAGGUGUUUCCAUAUGGUUGUCCCAAAGGACAGUUGCAUUGCAUAACAUUCUUAACACCCUUCCUCAAAUUUCGGAAACGAUACCAUGGAACAAACUGAUGGGGUAUGAUGAGGAUACCAAUGCAAUCUUUUUAUAUAUGCACGAUAGUGCCUAUAUGAUUCAACUCAAGUCAAUGCAUUCCACGAAACUUGAUGUACGAUAUUCUAGGGAGUACUAUCCUUUUAGGAGUUUCUACCUACAAGGCACAACCAUUGCUGGUGGAACUAAUGGAGCUAAAAAGUUAUGAUGAUUUCCUGGUUUGAUGUGCUAAUGUGCUAAAAUGGUUUAGCAGGUGAAGGCUACUACAUUUGUUAGUUGUUACCAAGUUUCUCGCAUCACAUCAAAUGUGGCCGGCGGUGUUUAUAUGUUAUCUUCAAAAAUGUAAUCGUGCCUUAGUCUAGUCAAGUAGGUAAUGUAGCAAGAUGCUUUUGAAUACCUAACUUGGGGUAUU